UCCUCAGUCAACCCUCCCACAACAACGACGACAUCGAGGGCAACAUCGGUGCCCAUGCGCCAUCAUCCUCAUAUCAUCAUCGGCCGCACCAUCUAUCCUCUUCCUUCCUCAUUCUUCUUCCCAUCUUCCCGCAGCAGCUCUGGAAUCUGCCCGCGAAAAGCUGAAUUUCUUUUCCGCUGUAUUUUAUUUUAUUAGCAAACGCUUGUUUCAAGCGAAAGCAACGGCAGGAGCAAGCACGGCGCAGUACAUCGUCAUCAGCAGCAGCAGCACCUGCUCUGCAAGGGGAGGUGAAGGGAGCAGGAGUCGGAGCAGGAGGAGGAGGAGGAGGGCAGGGGAGAACAAUCACGCCUUGUUUUCUAGAGAGCUCGCGGAUUUGCCUCGCCGUCCGACAUCAUGAACUUGCGAUCUCUGGCAGGGGUGGGAUCUCAAGCGCAAGCACAUUCGACCGCCGCAGCAGCAGCUCCGACCGCCGCGCCCUUCUCCACCACCUCUGCCUCCAGCACCAGCACCAGCACCGCCUGCUGUCCGCCGCUGCUUACUUCAGGCAGCAGCGUCGGCUCGGCUCUGGCAUUCGUGCCUGCCUCGCCCUCGCCCUCGACGACGCCUUCUCGGCCCUCGUCGUUCUCGCGUCUGCCUCGGCCCUCGUGGGCGUCUGCCGUGGGCGGUGGUGGAGGUGGUGGUGGCAGGUCCUUCUCUCCGCGCUCGCCAAUUCUGCCCUCGAAGCACAUUUCGGUGACCGUGGGCGCUCAUCAGGGCCGGGCGGAAGAACCCAAGCCUGACGGUGACGGGACUCUUGCCUUUCCCCUGUUCCGCGACGACGUCGCCCAGUGGUGGCCGAUGAGGUCUCGUCCGAUGGCCGAUAAUCCUUACAAGCGCUUCCCGAGUCGCGAAAUGACCACGGAAGCUGAACGAGUUCGAGCUGCAGCCGCAUACCUGGCUUACGAGGUUCCGGAGUAUGUCUCUACGAAUCCACCUUGGCAGCUGUCUCUGCCUCACGUGUGCGUUGCCACAAUUGCUUCAAUACUCUUUGGCUACCAUUUAGGAGUUGUGAAUGUUCCCUUGGAUUACAUAGCAUACGAUCUCGGAUUCGCAGGAAAUGCGUUGGCUCAAGGUUCCGUUGUAAGUGCGUGUCUGAUCGGAGCGUUUGCCGGAUGUUCCACCAGCGGAUCAGUCGCUGAUAAGUACGGGAGGAAGAGAGCUUUCCAAAUCAGCUCGGUGCCAAUGAUUCUAGGAUCUAUUUUAAGCGCUCUUGCCCCAUCUCUCCCGAUUAUGCUACUUGGCCGCCUUUUUGUGGGUAUUGGGUUAGGAAUCGCUGGACCGGUCGCAGCCUUAUACGUUUCCGAGAUCUCUCCUACAGCUGUUCGGGGCACGUAUGGAAGUUUGAUCCAAGUUGCAACGUGCGUAGGAAUUUUGGGAGCAAUUCUAGUUGGGCUUCCUGUGACAUCUAUUCCUGGCUGGUGGAGAGCUUGUUUUUGGAUCUCUACAAUUCCAGCUGCACUUCUAGCGUUAGGGAUGGAAUAUUGCGCAGAAAGUCCACGCUGGCUCUUCAAGAAUUCGAAAUGGUUGGAAGCUGAGCACGAGUUGGAAAGACUUUUGGGCAAUCAACAUUCGAAGACUGCAAUGGCAGACCUCGUUCGUGGUGAGGAGAGGGAAGACUCUGGGGAAGCCUCGUGGGGUGCACUUCUUGACCGAAAAUAUUUGAAAGUUGUCGCUAUCGGUGCUGCCCUGUUCGGGUUUCAACAACUUGCCGGAAUUAACGCCGUGUUUUAUUUCUCAUCGGUUGUAUUUAAAAACGCUGGAGUAACUUCAAACAUCGCGGCGAGUGUUUCCAUGGGUGUCGUAAAUCUUAUAGCAUCUUGCGUGGCUACUUUUCUCAUGGAUAAACAAGGAAGGCGGAACCUUAUGAUCUGGAGUUUUACUGGAAUGGCAUGCGCUAUGAGUUUGCAAGCAGCCGCUGCUGGACUUACCGUUCUAGCUCCUUACCAGGGUGUAUUAUCACUCACAGCCACCUUAUCAUAUGUGUUCAUGUUUGCUCUUGGAGCAGGACCUGUCCCAGCAUUACUGCUGCCUGAACUUUUCGCGAAUCGUAUUAGAGCUAAAGCCAUGUCCGUGACGAUGUGUGUUCAUUGGGUAGUAAACUUCAUGGUCGGUUUAUUCUUCUUACAACUUCUGCAGCAACUGGGUGCGAGUGUUGUGUAUUCUUUCUUUGCGGCCGUUUGUGUAUCAGCUGCGCUUUUUGUAAGAAAGAACGUAAUGGAGACGAAGGGUAGGUCAUUGGAAGAAAUCGAAAUUAUGUUACUUUCUGACGAUGCGUAAGCGUCGGUUGGUAGAACGAAUGCCUCAUCGAACCAGAUGCUUUUGUUAAAGUUCGCAUACUGUGGAAAGAGGAUGACGUGAAGAAGGAGGUUUUGGGGACGAUGGAGUAAGAAGGGUGAGGAUCUGAGAAUUGGAUACAAAAGCUGCAUGCCAUUCACAGCUCCAAUGUGAUGACAUGGUCAAAUGAUUGUUUUGACCCAAUAGAACACAUCCUGGACGAAGCACUUGUAACGUCAAGUGAAGAGCUAGGAAUCGGGACACUAGGAUAGUAAGUGAGGCCAGUCAUGUGAGAGGAGGAGGAUUGUCUAGCCGUGAAAGUCAAUUGAUUUAGGUAGAAACGAAUUGAAGUAUCCAUCUUUGCUCACAAUGAGCAUUGUACAGAUUGUUCACAUUUUGCAAUAGGCAAUAGAAUAGACAAUGACAAUUGCAAGAAAUAGUAGAAUUGCCAGCAGGUUGUAGAGGAGGUAGAACAUGCGAACCUCUGAUUGUCUAGAGGGAGAGAUUUGUAUAAUAAUUGGUUCAGUGUGCGAGAAAGUACACAGUGACUACCAUGUGAAUAGUUUGUACUAUGUAGACAGAAUUACAACUUAGGCAUAAGAAGCUUAUACCUCAGUUGUGACAUGGUUUUCAUAAUGGCCCAGAGUACUCGGGAGAAUAAUGAUAAUUCGACACUUAGUCGCCAAAUUCCA